AACUCUUUAACACCCCCUUUGUCAUCAACUUUUCUUUCUCUCUUUGCCUUCUCCCUUUUCUCCUCCUUCCAUCUGCACAGUUCUGGUCAUCUUUUUUUUCUCAGUAUAAUAUGCAGAUCUUGUAGACUUUCUAAACCCCCCACACGCCCUCUGCGAGCCCUGAAAGGGACGGUGGGGGGUGCUGGACGAAGAAGAAGAAGGUGGUGGUGGUGGAGGAACUUUCAACAGAGAGGCAGCAAGAGAGAGAGAAAAGGCUCUGGGCUCGCCCUUGGGGGUGGGGUAGGGGUUGGAAGAGAGAAGGACAUCUUCCUUGUGUGAAGAGGGAGGCUCUCUCGAGAGACCGUGGCCGUGUAGGAGGUCCCCCAAAUUGAAAGGCAUUCAAAGUAAUGGAGGCCCUGCAGUGCGAUGGGUGCGAUUACCGGGCAGAAACCUAUGAUGAUCUAAAAGCUCAUAUCCAGGAUGUUCAUACCGUCUUUUUACCUCAUGUGGAAGCUUCUGAGGAGGAUAUUGGUCAACCCAGAUCUGUUACACCAACCCAAGAUUCAGAAACAGAUGUUAACAGCCUUCCCACUGUGAAGACUGAACUUGGUUCUCCAGUGGAAGCGUCUGCACAAAAUUCCUUCCAACCUGGCUCAUCCAAUUUCAUCAACAACAGCUCCGUUCUGUACGGCCAUCAUGUUAACCAGCAUCCGAAGCCAGCCAAUAAGUUUUUCCAGUGCAAGUACUGUGUCCGCUAUUUCCGAUCCAGGAGCCUCCUCAACGAGCACACCAGGAAGAUUCACGGUCAGGUUGAAGGGGCAUUGUUUGGGGGUGAGCCCUCAGACAUGGCUCCACCCCCGUCACCGUCCAGCUUCAACAUCCUCCUGCACGAGGGCUUUGGCAAGGUCUUUGCCUGUCGUUACUGUACCUACAAGAGUCCCCGGCGGGCCCGCAUCAUCAAACACCAGAAGCUGUGCCACCGGUCGGGCAUGAAGGGGCAGGAGCCUCUGGGGGACGUGCCAGUGGAUGCAGUGGAGCGCAGCAUCCUGGAGGCGCAGGUGAAGCCACUGACCAAAUCGAGGGGCAGCUUCUGCUGUGAGUGGUGUGGCUACCACACCUCCAGGAGGGAGCGUUGGUGCGACCACCUGAUGAAGAAACAUCGCAACCUCUUGGCACAGGGGCUGGUCAAGAUCAUUUCCUCACUGAGGCAGCAGCAGUCUGGAUCGAGCCCCAGUCAGACUCAUACAAAGUCGCAGGAGAUGGAGAAGACUUCUUCGAACUCAAAUUACCUUCCCUUAAAGGCAGCAGGGAGAGAAAUGUCCUCGGCUCAGUACCCAUCUCUGCAAGGCUCUAUGGAAGGAUCCCCCUCAAAGCAGGGUCCAGCAGCGGUCCCCAGGUUUGCUCCCAUCAAGAUCAAGUUCCCCUUCCAGAAGACGAAGGGCAAGACCACACCCGAUCCAGAAGAGGCCGCCAUGACUGGCAGGUCUUCCUUUGGGAUGACCGAAAUGAACGUGGCCAAUUCAGCCUUGGAAACCAGCAGCCUGCUGAGUGACGAGCGGAGCACCUCAGACGAGGAGGAGCAGCCGGACGUGGACGAGAUGGACUCGCUGGCGUCCCAGAGCUCAGAGGGCUCGGGGAAGAAGUUGCUGUCAGUCGGCAACACCAAGCUGCUGGAGACCAAGGGGAUCCCCUUCCGGAAGUAUAUGAACCGGUUCCAGUGCCCCUUCUGCUCCUUUCUCACCAUGCAUCGCCGCAGCAUCUCCCGCCACAUCGAGAACAUCCAUCUAUCCGGCCGCACCAUUGUACACAAGUGCAACCUUUGCAGUUUCACCUGCACCACUGCCCAGAAGUUGGUGGCUCACAAGCAGUCCCACUCCUCGGAGUGGGAAACAGUGAGCUCUGCCAACAGCAGCAUUGCACCCCUGAACGACAGCUUAGUGAGCGUGGAUGUGAAUCAGAGCCAGGCCGUCAAUGGGGAGAAGCCCGUGUUGAUGGGUGAGUCAAAGCAGCAGUAUCCUUAUAAAUGUACUAUGUGCAGCUACUCCACAGUGACUCUGAAAGGACUCCGGGUGCAUCAGCAACACAAGCACUCGUUCUGUGACAAUGCAUUGCUGGCAGCCAGUGAGGAUGGGAGCGAUACACUGCAGGACACUGGAUCACAAUUCGAAGCUCUUCCAUCUCCAGGUAUUGUGAAAACUCAGACUUCCAUCCUUGGAUCGACGUCGAAGAACUCAUUCCUCUUCAAGAAGGGAAAGCGGCUGGUGUCGGACAGCCCGCUUGACCUCUCCCCGGCCAAGAAGCGGACCAGGAUAGACGAGAUAGCAAACAACCUGCAGAGCAAGAUCAGCCAGGCCAACCAGCAAGCCAAUGAGGUGGAAUCUGUGAUUGCCAUGGAGGAUGCAGAGGAAGAGUGCGAGGGAGAAGAGGAGGAAGAGGAGGAGGAUGACGAUGAAGAAGAAGAAGAGGACGAUGUGGAAUUGGAUGCAGAUGGAGAGAUGGAUGAAGAGGAAGGAAAGGUGGACCAUCUAAUAGACAUGCAGAAUUACAGCUAUAGUGGCCACCAGAUGUGGGUCGAAGGCACUGAUGGGAUACAUAAAGAGGAUGGCUAUGGGCCAGUAGACCAAGACUAUCCUGUUAGUAACAGUGCUGAGAUUGAAUUAACCCUUUCGGAUGAUGAGGACUUCUACAGCACCUCAAACACAGUGGGACACUGUGAUGGCGCAUCCCGUAAGCAGGGUGGGGGUGCAGCUUAUAAAAAGAGCAACUCAGAGAACCGGGACACCUUCCAGGAAAGCUCGGAGGCCGGUGAAGAUUCAGGGAAGACUUACUACUGCAAACACUGCAACUUCAGUAACAAAGUAGCCCGCAGUGUUAGUACUCACUACCAGCGAAUGCAUCCCUACAUUAAGUACAGCUUCAGGUACAUAGAGGAUCCAACGGAUCACAGUGCAGUCUACAGAUGCCUUGAGUGCUUUGUGGAAUAUGCAGAGUUUGAGGACCUGAGGCAGCAUUAUGCUCAGUUUCAUCCCGAGGCCCAGAACAUUCUGAAUUUCCACCAAGCCAACUUGAUUUACAGGUGCCGCUUCUGCUCGUACACCAGCCCCAAUGUCCGCAGUCUCAUGCCUCACUACCAAAGGAUGCAUCCCACCGUGAAGAUCAACAACUCCAUGAUCUUCUCCAGCUAUGUGGUCCAGCAAACCAGUGACACCAACGCUGAGUCCCAAACUCUCCGAGAGAUCCUCAACUCGGGUGUGAAGAACAUCGGGGCCUCCUCCUCCGCCUCGAACCACGCGGCUUCCUCCAGCCCCAUCAACGCAAACUCACCCAAGGGCAUGAGCCCUCAGCAGGGCGAGUCCUCGAUGAUCAGUGCUGUGGUGUACAACUGCGACGUCUGCUCCUUUUCGAGCCCCAACAUGCAUUCAGUGCUGGUCCACUACCAGCGGAAGCACCCAGAGGAGAAGGCAUCCUAUUUCAGGAUUCAGAAGACCAUGCGUGUCGUGUCUGUCCAGAAUCCAGCCCUCAAUGCUCACAAGGCCACCGAGGCGAGCUCUGUGAUUCCAGCCAACAAUACCCCGAUGACUCCUCAGCCAGCUGAAUUUGAACAGCUGUACUACUGCAAGCACUGUGUUUACAGUAACCGCUCCGUUGUUGGAGUGCUCGUCCACUAUCAGAAAAGGCACCCCGAGGUUAAAGUGACAGCCAAGUAUAUCAAGCAGGCGCCCCCGACUCCCGCUCUGAAGAAGACUAUGGAGGAGCUGCAGAUCACACCCGCCAGGCCCAUCAUGAGCCAGCCCCUGAGCCAGGUCAGCAAGAAAACCUUUGAGGUGGGUGGCCAGCAGCGGGUGAACGACAAGGGCGAGGGCGAGAUGAUGUUCUUCUGCCAGCAUUGCAACUACGGCAACCGGACAGUCAAGGGGGUGGUCAUCCACUACCGGAAGAAGCACCGCGACAUCAAAGCCACGGCGGAGCUGGUGCGGCAGCACACGGCGGCCGUAAGGAGUCAGCGGGAGAGGGCCACCAACAACCAGGGCAGCUCCGGCACCCUGCUGCCUAGCGCCCAGCAGGAGACCGAGGCCGAGCAGCUGCGCUUCUUCAAGUGCCGCCACUGCUCCUACACUGCGCACUACCUCUAUGCCGUGCGGAAGCACUUGAAGAAGCAGCACCCGAGCGUGAAGGCCACCGUCACCACCAUCCUACGCUGGGCGUACCAGGAUGGAGUGGUGACCGCUGGCUACCACUGCGAGUGGUGUAUAUAUUCCCAUCAAGAGCCCAGUGGGUUACUAAUACACUACCAGAAAAGGCACCCUGAGCACCCUGUAGACUACACCUACAUCUCCAGUAAAUUGUGGGCAGGGCCCGACCCUUCUGCCAACCCUUCACAGAUCGCCCUGAUCGACCUCAAACACUACAAGUGCAGAGACUGUGAGUUCGAGGCUGCCUCUAUCUGGGACAUUACAAACCACUAUCAGGCCUUGCACCCCUGGGCGGUCAGUGGUGAUGAGUCGGUGCUGCUGGACAUCAUUCUGGGGAAGGACACCUUGGAGCAGAACAACCCAACGGCUCAUGACUAUGCCGCCCUUGAUUGCCUCAAUGCUCCCGAGUCUGGAUCACUGGAGGAUGAGUUGCCUGCCAAGGACACCAUCCCUUCCUUGCUAAAGGACGUCCCUGCCAAUUCGAGUUCCAGUGGGUCGCAGUACCAGUGUAAGGUUUGCAAAUCAGAGUACAACAACCUGCAUGGGCUCCUGACCCACUAUGGGAAGAAGCACCCAGGUGUGAAAGUCAAGGCAGCUGAGUUUGCGCUGGAGAAGGAUGAGAAGCCCAGCACGCUGUACAAAUGCAGACACUGCCCGUACGUAAACACCCGCAUUCACGGUGUCCUGACCCACUACCAGAAACGACACCCUUCCAUAAAAGUCACUGCCGACGACUUCAUGAAUGAGGCCGAGAAGCUCCCAGAUGGCCAGAGCAAUGAUUUGGAGGAAAUGACCAAAGUCCCGAAGCAGGGUUUUGGUGCUUACAGGUGCAAGCUAUGUCCUUACGCACACGGCUCUCUGGAGAAGUUGAAAGUGCACUACGAGAAGUACCACCGGCAGCCGGCUAUCGAUAUGUUCACCGAGUCUGCCGCCGAAGUAAUGGAAUCCAAGGAGCCAAAUACCUCCGAGGAUUAUAAAGAUGAUGCCAAAUCCAUCACUGAGGUAAAAUCAAGCUCACCUUCUCCUACACCCCACUCCUUUUUAAGUGGUUGUUCGGAGCUCAGUACCUUAUUUAAAUGCCAACUCUGCAAGUACUUCUGCUCCUCCAGAAAGGGUAUUGCCAGACACUACCGGAAUAAACACAACAAUGUCCGAGCCCAACCAGAGGGCAAAAACAACAUCUUCCGCUGUGCCUUGUGUGCAUACACUCACCCGCUCCGCAAAGGGCUGGCAGCUCACUACCAAAAGCGCCACGACAUUGAUUCCUAUUACACCCACUGCCUGGCCGCUUCCAAAACCAUGAUUAACAAGAAGCCAGAGAAGCUCAUUCUGCCCAUCGAGACCAAACCCGAGUCACCUCCCCUGAGCGAAGAGCUCCGGAGAGCGGUGGAAAAGAAGAAAUGUUCACUGUGCUCAUUCCAGACAUACACAAAGAAGGGUCUUGUGUCUCAUUACAUGAAGCGGCACCCAGGGGUUUACCCCAGGAAGCAAUACGUGAGCAAAUAUAACGGAUACUUCACUGUUGUAUAUUCUGAUGAUAAGGCAGGCGAGGUUAAAAACGAAGCCAGUGCUGUAGAGGUAGCUGCAGUGACUGAAGGGAAACCCAAGGGAUGUCUCCCCUUCAAGUGUGUAAAGUGCUUCCAGCUCUCCUUCAGCACAGCAGAGCUGCUUUCUGUGCAUUAUCUCGACCACCACAGCCGGGAUUUGAAGUUGGAUUUCACGUUGCUACCCGGGAGUACCCGGUCUCACAGUCCCACCUAUGAGUGCAACCAUUGCAAUGAAAAGAUCCUCAGCACGCUGGAGCUCAGCGCCCACCUCACCCGUCACAACGAGCACUUCAGCAGGCGGGCAAGACUGCACAAAGAAAAGAUGGGGCCUGAGGGGGAAGCUCAGCUCAAGCAUGAGGUUCUGCCUCAGGAGUCGUGGCCGGAGGGUGAGCCACAACCCGAAGGCGAGGCUCAGCCGGUGGGGGAGCAGAAACCUGAGGCCGAAGCUCAACCAGACGGAGAGCCACACCCGGAGGCGAAGACACCUGAGGGUGAGGAACAGAAUCUGAAGGAGGAGAACCUUAAUGAAGAAAAUCUGAGAGAGGAGAACCAGAACAAGGAAGAGACUCUGAAAGAAGAGAGACCAGAAUCUACAGAAUCGGAAGACAGCAAUAAAAAACAGUCUGCUGAUGCUCAGGCAUCAAGCCCCGUUUCAUUACUCAAGGAGCGGAACGUUGUUGGUUACAAGUGCAGCUUCUGUUUCGAAGUCCACCCAACGCCCAGAGCUAUAUCGAACCACCUUCGCAAACACGUUGCAUUUGGUGAAUCUCUGGAUAAUGUCCACUCUGGUGAAGAGGGUUUGCGUUCCCACGAGAGGAGUCACACCGCUUCUGCACUGUUCAGCCGCGAAGGCAAGCAUCACUGCCAGUAUUGUUUGUUCGCCACUGCUUUCCGGCAGAACUUGGAACGCCACAUGCAAAAUCAGCACGGACACCAGAAGCCUUUCAGAUGCAAACUUUGCUCAUUUAAGACUUCCUUUAUAAAUGGACUGAAGAGCCAUAUUCAGAGAGCCCAUGCUGUGGAGUCCACCUACAGCUGUUCCUACUGCUCUUUUUCCACCAUGAUGGUAAAGCAGCUCAAACAACAUACUCUGAAAGUGCACGGCCAUGUUCUGGCAGUGUCCAAACAUCACACUGACCUUCCAGCAGCCUUCUCUUCUGGUAACAAUGCACGGCAGUCAGAGUUCCAGGCUGAGGGAGCAGCAGAAUCAGAUGACCCCACCUUCCUAAAAUUUCCCUCCAUCAGAAGCAAAGACUCCUCAUACUCUGAGCCACCCGACGUCCAACAGCAGCUUAACCAUUACCAGACAGCUGCAAUGGCAAGGAACCGCUCCAGCCCCAUCCCAGUGCCAUCGCCGAAUGCCUGCUCUGACCAGAUGACCAAGGGGUAUUUCAGCUGCGAGUUCUGCCAGUUCAACUCUGAGUACAUUCAGAGCAUGAGGCGCCACUAUCGAGACAGGCACUGUGGCAAGAAACUCUACAAAUGUAAGGAUUGUCCCUUCUUCACCGGUUUCAGGUCUACAUUUUCUAUGCACGUUGAGGGUAGCCAUACAGCUCCUCUUGUAGAAGGUCCCAAGGACCUGCGCUGUCCUCUCUGCCUGUACCACACCAAAUACAAAAGUAGCAUGAUUGAUCACAUCGUACUUCACAGAGAAGAGCGAGUUGUCCCCAUUGAGAUCUGUCGCUCAAAGCUCUCAAGACACUUGCGAGGAAUUGUCUUCCGUUGUGAUAAGUGCACCUUCACUUGCUCCACUGACGAAGCAUUGCAGCAACACAUGGAGAAGCACAAGGAAAUCAAACCGUACAAGUGCCAACUCUGUUACUAUGAGAGCAGAAUAAAGGAAGAUUUGGAAAACCACCUUCAGGAGGAGCACAAGGUGAUUCGUAACUUCGAAUUAGUUGGUCGUGUUAACCUGGACCAAUUGGACAGUAAAGACAAGGAAUGGUUCAGCAGCGAAGAGGAGGCCAAAGAGGAAGAAAAAAACAAUGUUGUUGAACAAAGAGGUAUUGAAGCGUGUCCAGGAAGCGGGGCUCGGAUCUACAACGAGAAAAGAUUCCCGUGUGAAUUUUGCGGCCGUACAUUUGCUCGUGGCUUUGAUUGGGAGCGCCACAUUCAGAGACAUAGCAUGGCUCUCGAUGAGAGUAACCAUCAGGGACGUGAAGCAUGUCCAGCAACAGAGAACUCCGGAGAGGAGAAUAACACUACGCCUUCAGGAAUGGAGGAGCAACUGGAUUCUGCUAACAACACGGAGACAGAAAUUACUUACCAGGAAUCACCAUACUGUCCAAUCUCUAUAGCAUUAAUAAAGGAAAACUCCCAGGAUCUGGAUACUGAGACCAAAAAUAAAGAGUCUGAGCUUUGUUAGUAUACUUGAACUGUGCAAGUUCCUCCUUCCCUUCUAACCCCCCUCAUCCCGACCCUUCACCAUCUUCUCUGCUCCUUGCCUGGUGUGACAACUGAUGAUGGAGCAGGAUUUCACGUUACAAUCAACCCUUCAGUACCUCAUCCAAGCGUCUGUUCUUCACGCGUGUGAGAGUGAGCGGUAAGUACAGGCUGACUGUUGGCCGAGAGGAGUGGACACACCGCUGAGACUGGCCCUGCCGUCGACAUCUCCAUUUAUGAGGGCACUGAAGCACGAUCCAGAGCCAGAACCCGUGCCAAUAUUUUUACCUCCUCCCUGGUCCGAGACUAAUUGUAGAAUUCUUACUUAUUCCAAGGUGAGCUCAACAAAGCUAACUCGGAAGGGAUUAAACCUUUUGGACACUCCUGGGCUGUCAAGCUCUGGGUCAUAUAGUGUGCGGUGUGUUUACUUAGCUAUUUGGGAUGUCCUCCUUAUCCCCUCUUCCCUACCUCCUUUGUGUCCGUCCCCUUCCUUACCUCAUAUCCCAACUCCUCCUCCUUCCCUCCCCCCUCUCUGCUUUACCCCACCCCUUUGUUUCCAGUGUUUGAAUGAAUUGUGUGUUUAAAAAUACUGGGGACUGCCUCAUUAAUCUAGUGAGUUGUGAUUUUUUUUAAAGUUAGUGUGAUCUUGUGGGAAUGUCAUUACUUCACUGUAGAGAUUUUGACAUUCAUCGAGGUAAUGUUCCAUAUUGCUCUUUUUAAAAAAAAAUAUUGAACUUGUGCAUUGAAAACCAAAAAAAUAUCCCCCAAAUUUUUACUUUGAUCCAGCUAUCACUCUAGUGAUCCAUAACUAAUGGAUUCGUCAAGCACCUCUGAUUCAGUGAGUUUUGUUAUGAUGGGACAUUUUUGCAAGCUGCUAUAUCUUAGCCCACAACUGGUUGAAUUCAAGGCACUUGUUUUCUCUUACAUCCAAAGCACCAUUUUAAACAGGUUAGUUUAUCUCUCAAAUGGUUGUGUGUUACAAGCUGUAACUAUUGCAGGCCCCUGCGUAAUGGUUUAUAACAUGUAUACCUCAACAAAGGGUUACAAACACAUUAAGAAGUGGAAACUCACCUGUACAGUUCACAUUUUCUGUUCACUUAAAAUGGUGUGCAUUAUAACUGGUGUGUAAAAUGGAUUGGUGGAGGCAUUUCCAAAUCUUGAAUGAAGGACCAGCUUGGAUCCGAGGUGCUAUAAUUGGCAAACAUUGAGCCCAGGUCACUUGUAGCACCAACACUGUUUGUGUUUUUCUUUUGUUAGUAAUACAGUACAGAACAAAGCUCACCAUACUAAAGAGUUCCUUGUUUUCUUGCACUAAUGCAUCUGGUAAAAAUGUUUUUUUUUAAUCUAUUAUUUAAAAGAAAACUUGUUUGUAUAGCAGAAGUGGUCCUAACGAUUACUGUUAAUGUAGAAUGUUGGUGCAAAAAGUGAUCAUAAUUUGCAGUACCUCAGCAUUAAUCUUUACUGAAUGAAUGUCCAUUCUGUACCAGUAAUAUCUGUUCAUAAACUGUGUAGAUUUACUUUUCUUCCCCUGCACAUCUGCAGUGAGAUGUGUGCUACAAUGUUGUAGUGAGACUACUUUACGUGAAUAAAAAUUCCAUAGGUUAGCUUUUGUUUGCCAAGUUUACAGGUUAUUGUAUUCUUGUUUUAUAUAAACACUUUAAUUAAAUCACUAUAUGGGUUCUCAAAACCUGUUGCUUGAAAAAUGACAUUUUUUAGGACACUUGUUUAGGUCUCAAUUUGGAUCCAGAUGUUUGCAUUAUCAAAUGAAAUAUUAUUGCGAUCAAGGUAUUUUUGAAAUGAUGCGUUCAAAGAACAUCUGUUCCUUGAAGCAGGUCAUUAACAUCACCUAUUUUCAUGUUGAAAACAGGGCAAAAUGGGAGCAGUUUCUGUGAAAAAAAAAGACAGGGAUAUUGCAGAUUACCAUGUAUAUUGUGUUCUUUUGUCUACAUUGUAGUUUAGGAAGCUCCUUUUAAAUAUUUUUGUUAUCUAAAAUACUUCUAAAGUUGACUGUUUAGGACAUGCAUUGGAAGUCUGUUUUAAGCCAACUGUAAGGGUUGAGGAAAUGAACUCUGGAAACAUUUACCAAAAUUGACUGGCCUUCCUGAGUGUUUGUUAGUGCAGUUUCUAAAUAAUGCUGCUUUAGUUUCUAGAAUGAUCUGUAAAUACUGUACUUCCUGGGAUUUUGUUUUGCUGACCCGAUAAAUAAAAAGUGAUGACUCCUUUUUAA